AUUUUCAGUUUAAUUUUUAACUCCAGAAAGACUGUGACAGCAAAUCUACGUCGACGCGUGACUAAUCAUCUUUCAGGUAUUAAAGAGCAAAGUGUUUGCUAUGUUUAUCAGCCGAGGUUUUCGUUAGCCGGUAAAAUAAUGUUGCUAGCUUAGCUAAGAGCUAACGCAGACGGUUUUUCACCGGUACAGGCGGACAUCUCUUUGUCUGACAGGGGAAGGCGUGCUCUUUUGUUAGCUUUUCCUUUCGUGUUGUCGGGAAGGGAAAACUGUUAAGGUCAGGAUUUUACUGCCACCUUCAACUCGGAAAGUGUUUAGAAAAUGCAGAUCGCGAAAAAGUACUUUUCAGAAGGCUUGAUUCAGUUAACGAUCUUACUUAGUUUGGUUGGAGUUCGAGUAGACAUAGAUAGUUACUUAACCGGCUACUAUUCGCCUUUGGCAGAGAUUAACGUGGGUCCUAGCUCAGCCUACAUCCAAACACCCUUUCACAUUCUGAGGGACACUCUUGACGGAAACGGCGUCCAUCCGAAAUGUCCUGAGUUGGACUCUUUCUUUGCGAGUCGUCGCCUGCUGGACGAGGUGAGGAGCCUCGGCUCCCCUCGCUUCCCCACGCAGCUGAACGCGUGGCUGGUACACCAAGUUUCUGCCACUGACAGGGCUGAGCACGGGCCCUCGACCAGCGACGACACCGACUCCAGCCCAGGGUUAGAAGACCUUCGAGAUGAAGCGGGGUGUGACAGCGAGCACCUGCCCGCUCGAGGCCAAGAAGUGGAGCAGACGAGUCCUGAACUGGGACAGGGGCCUGGCGGGGCUGAAGCCUGCGUGUUUCCUCAACAGGUGGACGAAGCAAARGUUAAAGAAGAGGAAGAGGCUUUUCCAAUCACUCAGUUGGCUCACAGUUCCAUGCUGGAACAAGAGAGCCUGUUUGAUGGUAACCCUAUAUUAUCUGACCUAGAGCAUCGUUAUGCUUCUCCUCCUUCUUCCACUGUUGUCGACUGGAGCAAUUUACUCUCCGUUACAGACUUUGACGAGCUGGACUCGCUUGUUAACCUGUCAGAGCUUGAUGCUGACAUCACCAGCGCCAUCAGCCAGGAUGUUAGUUUGCACGAUGCUACAGUAAGCAGUGCCGGGGCAUUUGGCGCUGGGUCCGGAAGAUCUGAAUCCAGGACUGUCGCCCAACAGCGAAGAACCCUCCUACGGCUGGAAUUGCUGAACUCCACGCUUUCGGAUGCAUCACCAGGGAUGGCCGUGGGCCUCGCAGCACUCCCUUUUGCCUCGGUGUGUAAUUUAACGGGAAAUGCCUCGUCGCAGAGUUUGUUGGGCGGCUGUCUGGAUGAGGCCGUGUUUGACCAGAUCAAUCAGCUGGGUUUGGAAGGCCUGGACUCUAUUGACAAUCAGCUGAUGAACUCUCUGGGCUGCGUAGACUCGCAGGGCCUUGAGGACUUGGACUCUGAUUCAGGACUCUCCUUGGAGAGCAGCUAUGGAGGACCAGCGUCUCCAGGCUCUUCAGAGAUGUCAUCAUCAUCGAGUUUGUACUGUGAGGAUGAAGGAGGAGCCACAGGCUACAGCAGCGAUGUGGAUUCCUUACCCUCAAAAGGCAUGAUGGACCACACCACAGUGUGGCCACCUGUUGAUCUGAGUGAGAAUGUGUGGCAUGACCACAGCUACUCAUCUCCUGCUUUCCUCAACAAGCCUUCUUUAAAACUGCCCCAGAAAACAGAGGCUUUCAGCGAUGAUGACGACGACGGCUCACAGCUGGAAGAACGGGAGCUGAGUCGUGACGAGCUGCGCGCCCGGGCCAUGUACAUCCCGUUCUCCGUGCUGCAGAUCGUCAACAUGCCCGUGGAAGAGUUCAUGGAGAUCCUCGACGGUCACGGCUUCACCCCCGCACAGGUGACCCUGCUUCGGGACAUCCGCCGGCGCGGCAAGAACAAGCUGGCGGCGCAAAACUGCCGCAAGCGCAAGCUAGACGCCAUCACGGGACUCCAGGAGGAGGUGGAACGGUUGCAGGCUCAAAGGGACAGACUGCUGAGAGAGAAGCAGCUCACGGCGAAGACGAUGGGCGCCGUCGGCCACCAGAUCAGGCAGCUGACUAGAGACGUCCUGGCUCGGCUGAGAGAUGGUUCUGGACUGCCCCUGAGCCCGGAGAGGUUUACCCUGCAGUGCGGGGCUAACGGAAGGGUUGUAAUUCAGCCCAUAAGACGCCCUGUCUCUGCAUCAGCAGGCAACAAAACAGACAAGAGGAAGAAGGGAAAAAAGCAGUGAUGCUUUAUUUUCUGCUGAGACUUAAACUCUCAGGGUUUGUUUUUUCUUACUGAACUCAACUGACUCUGGUUUGGGGAUUUUUCUUUUGGAAAAGUGUGGUUUCACUACUGUUUUGUGCUUAAAUUGUCAGAAGCUGCAAAAGACACUCUGAACACAAAUGAAAUGCAAAAAUCUGCAAAUAUUGAGAAAUUUGUAGCUUACACACUGGACUUUCUGUGCUUCUUAAAGAUGAGUGAGACUCGCAGGGUUUAAGGGAACAGUUCAGCCGCUGGAAACCGUAUUGGUCUGUCUUUGUGCCUGUUAAGACUUAAAUAAAAUUGUUAUAAGGUGUGACAGUUACUGGAUAGAGAAAUAAGUGGUGGGGCUGUUCUUGUUUGCUUUUAGUUUGGCCUUUUUUUAUUUUUUACACUUUUUCAGUAGAAGUAGGAGGUGAAAGAUUGUAUUUAUUGUGCUUUCCAAGGUUCUUGGAGCGCACAUUUGUAUUGUGAGACCUUCAAGGACCGCUUUUUUUCUAAAUGGAAGUGUUAAGUCUAAGUGAUUUAAAGCUUAAAUCUCAUAUCUUUUGUUUACAGUGAGGUUUAAGAUAUUGAAGAGCAAGUUUUGUUGUUGAAAUAAAUAAAUUUAAAAAACACUGUCACAUAGUUGUCUUGAUGACACACAGAAUACCAAUGAUUAAAAUGAAGAAGCCUUAAUUAGUUUUUUGUUGUUUUGGAUCAAAAGAUAAAUUCCAUAAGAAAAAAAAUAAAGUUUACCGUUGCAGGUUUUAAAUUAACAUYGAUUGUUUUGAGCACGAUUUAACAAAUCUUUUCAUGUAUUGAGUUUUCGUGUGAUUGCAUUCUACCUCACACUUCAGUUUUUGUUCUGGCAAGAUUUAAACAAGCUAUUGUUCUCACCUGAAAGUCUUCGUAAAUGUGACUUUUGGUUGACAAAAACUACCAAAAACUGCAGUUACAGCUGGUUGGAAGGGCUGUAUGUGUAUUUUGGUUUUUUGGUUUUUUGGGGUGGGUGAAUUGCAGAGUUCAUCAGAAAUCAAUGGGAACACUGCUGAUGGUUAAAAUGAGUGAGAUUGCUAAUCUUCGAAACACAAAUUGACUUAACCUUUUUUUUAAACAUACUUUGUACUUUUUGAUCAAAUUGAGAUUUUUAUGACUUGUUGAAAUUUCUAGUAAUUUUUUUUCAGCUCGUGUUUAACUUCUCGGAGAAGUUUGUUUCCCCGGUGAGGUUGUGUUCGGUACUUCAACAGCAUAUUUUUMCACAACCAUUCUUGUAUAGAUUUACCUGGAUGAACUAAAAGUGYUGUAAGCUGGACUGUGUCGAACAGAUCCAGUGUGUGUACCUCUCAGAGGAAACAAAUAGCAUUUACAGCUCACUCGUACUGUUAUGACAAUCGUUUGAAGGUUUGUGUUGCUGUAUUUGUUCAAAACUUUAGAAUUUUUACUCUUCCGUGCAUCGAUUUUUCGUCUCAUCUGUCAGAAAUCCCACCUUCCUCCCCAAACUGACACAACACACCUGCUGCUGGUAAGACAUGGACUCAUAAAUGUUCUCAACACAAACUCACUCUGAAGUUAUGUUUGAACUAUCCCUUUAAUUGCACUUGCUUCUUUUUAACGUUUCCUUUGCUGUACAACUCUUUAAUCUGAGUGUUGCUUAUUUAUAUGUUCGAGAUGAUCAGAGAUUGAUGUGUGAGAGGUUGUGUAAUCCAUUGCUACGCUGCUUUGCUGAGUGUCUGAAAUAAUUUGAGUGUGUGAGGUAGUUCAUAGUGACCUAAUAUUUUCUUUUUGUUGUUCAGGUUUGGUCAAAAGUUUGCUUUUUCAUCCUAUUUUUUAAUAAGUCACAUUUGCUUGAUUGAAGGGUGAUUGUUCAUGUUAUAAUUUUGAAUAAAUUUGAUUUCUAUAAUAAACAAAUAUAUAAUUG